UUUAUUUUAAGUCCUUUUUUGGAUUGGCGUCUGCAGCAGCUCUGCUAGAUUCAUCGCCAUCCCCUCAGCCUUGGUUAAAGAUAGAAACCCUAGGUGUAGAAUGGGGUCGGGGUUGAUAAAUUGAUUCGCGCCUUCUUUUGCUUCUCUGUUGUAAUUAGUUCAGGGUAACUACAUCCACUCUGGUGUUUUAUUCGAGUAUUUCGUUGUCGAAAAUCCUGAUCUGUUAGCCAUGGACAUGCGGAAGAGGCCUGGAGGUGAAUUUGCUAACGGCGCCCUGAAGAAAUCUAAGCUAGAAAUCGACUCCUUUUCAAGUGGUAUAGGAAGCAAAUCGAAGCCAUGCACGAAGUUUUUCAGCACUUCUGGUUGUCCAUUCGGGGAGAAUUGCCACUUCCUUCACUAUGUUCCUGGUGGCUAUAAUGCUGUUGCGCAGAUGAUGAACCUACCCCCUGCAACAACCUCUGGAUCGCACCAUAUCCAGAAUGGCUCUGCUCCAGCUCUAGUCAAGACCAAGAUAUGCAACAGAUACAAAACUGCUGAAGGCUGCAAGUACGGCGACAAGUGUCACUUUGCUCAUGGAGAAUGGGAGCUCGGCAAGCCCAUUACAUCAUUCCAGGAUGAUCCUCAUUCCCGUGCUUUCGGGGCUCUCCCUGGUCACUAUGGAGCUCGAGCAGAGCCAUCUCUACCAGGGCCUGCUGCAGCAGGCUUUGGUGCAUCUGCCACAGCCAAGAUCAGCGUGGAUGCUUCCCUAGCCGGUGCUGUGAUUGGGAAGGGAGGAGUGAACUCCAAACAGAUUUGCAGGCAAACUGGAGUGAAGUUGUAUGUUAGGGAGCACGAGAUGGAUCCGAAUCUGAGGAACAUUGAGCUGGAGGGCACAUUCGAGCAGAUCCAAGAGGCAAGUGCGAUGGUACGAGAGGUGAUUGUGAGCAUCAGCAGUAACAGUAGCAGUAGCAGCACUUUGAUGGGAAAAGCACAUGGCGGAGGUGGAGGCGCAAACAGAGGGCCUGGGAACAACUUGAAGACGAAGCUGUGCGAGAACUUCUCCAAAGGGUCGUGCACCUUUGGGGAUAAGUGCCAUUUUGCACACGGGGUGGCUGAGCUCCGCAAGCCUGGUGUGUGAAAAUAAAGCGCAAUGCAGCCGUUGGAUUGAUUGAUUGAUUAAAGUGGAUGUGGUGAGGUGAGGUGAGGUGAGGUGAGGCAAUGGUUUGUUAACUGACUAACAGGUUCUGAAUUUUGGGUAUGUUAGUUGCUGCUAGUGCUAGUUUGGUUCUUGUGUUGUUUGGAUGGAUGGAUAAUUUGAGACCCUUCUUUUUCUGUCUUGUGUUUUUUCUUAGCAUUUUAUGAAUUCCUGUUUCCUGCU